UGAUACUUUCUGACACUGCGCAUACUGGUUUGUACGACUCCUGCUCUGGUGUACAACGUCUGCGCAGUGGGCGUCUCGAAAGACAGGCGAAAAGAUUUGACAGAACGGCUGUCGCCACCGAUCUGAGCCAUUCAAGAUGCCUUCAUAUACUGCCGUUGCGGCGAUCUUGGUUGGGUUGUACUUUUCAAAAUACUUGUACAACUUCAUCCGAAACACGAUCUAUGCGAGGAAAUCUGGGUUGCCGUACUUCUUCGUACCAUGGGACCAAAACUCUUUCUUCUGGAUGGUCGCUUCCGUACCCCUCCAACCGUACCUCUCGAAACUCUUACCAUCUUGGAUCUGGAAACGACUCGCUUUGACGAUUUAUUCUUUCGAGUUUCAAGAGAAGCUUGAGCCGUAUGAGAGGUUUGCAAAACCUCAAGGGAAUGAAUUGAGUUAUGUUAUGGUUACGCCGGGGUUGUAUGAGAUUAGUACGAGGGAUCCGGAGGUGGCUUAUGAGGUUCUCAGAAGACCGAGAGAUUUUGUGCAGCAUCAUUUGACGAGUAUGUUUAUGAGUCGAUUUGGAGGGAAUUUGUUGACUGCUGAUGGGGAUGACUGGCAUCGUCAGAGGAGAGUCGUGGCGGGCACCAUUACUGAGAGGAUCUCGAAGGCGGUUUGGCAAGAGAGUGUGGUUCAGACUGAGAGUAUGAUCGAGGAAGUGUUCGGAGGGACUGGGGAGAGCACCGUAGGAAAGAAGGCGGAGACCAAGAGGAUGUUUGAUUACAUGAAGAAGAUCACCAUCAAUGUGCUGAGCGGAGUUGGUAUGGGAGAGAGUAUUGAUUGGAAGAACGACAAGAAUGCAAAGCCCGAACCCGGUCAUCGCAUGACCUACAUUCAAGCUGUCAACGCCAUCAUAAACGCCGUCGCGGGCCCAAUUAUCCUCCCUUCCUGGUUCCUCGACAACUAUCCCUCUUUCCUCCCCGGUCACAAGUUUCUCCGCGAUGUUGGCCAAGCAGUCAAAGAGUUUCCUUCCUAUAACAAGUCUCUUCUCGAGCGGGAAAAGGCACAAAAUGCCGAAGCUGGCCAGAGUCGCAACAACAUCAUGUCUCAACUCCUCAAGGCCUCCGAAAGCGAAACUAAAAACGGCGCUCGUGUCCUCACCGAAGAGGAAAUGUCAGGUAACCUCUUCGUGUUCACUGCCGCUGGCUUCGAUACGACAGCCAAUACGCUAUCCUACGCUCUUGUCCUUCUCUGCUGUCAUCCGGAAUGGCAGGACUGGAUGUUCGAAGAACUUGAUUCGAUUCUUCCUUCCGCAGAUUCGACUGAAGAAUUGGACUAUACUUCGAUCUUUCCCAAAGCAACCAGGACUUUGGCCAUCAUGUUUGAGACACUUCGAAUUUUCAGUCCUCUGGUCCAUAUGGCGAAGCAGACUGUGACCGAACAGACGAUUACGACAUCAAGAGGAACGUUCUGGUUUCCGCCGAAUGCGACUGUGUAUGUCAACAACAUUGGCCUUCAUCUCGCGCCGGACGUGUGGCGAAACUUGAAUGUUCAUGAGGAGUGGAAUGAACACGAAGAUCGGAGAGAUGAAGAGCAUUUCCGACCGAGUCGAUGGCUCAACACUAACAUCGCUCCGUUGUCCGAUUCAAACUCCCAGCCGACAUUUUUUCAACCUCCCAAAGGCACAUUCUCGCCCUGGUCACUUGGACCGAGAGUUUGUCCAGGACAAAAGAUGGCUCAAGUAGAGUUUGUGAGCAUUUUCGUUACAUUGUUCCGGAGGUACAGAGUUGAAGCUGUGCCGGAAAAGAAGAGUGACAGUGGGGAGUGGGAGAGUAAGGAAGAAGUACGAGUGAGGCUGGAGAGGAAGAUGAAGGAUAGCGAGAGUAUCUUGACAUUGCAGAUGAGAGGGAUUUACGGCGUGAAAGAUGAAAAUGGGAAGGAAGGUUUGGCGUUGAGGUUGGUGAGGAGGCGGUGAGAAUGACCGGAUGGGCGCUAAGUAAAUGGGUCAAACUCGGCUGUCAGGCCCGUUUCUGUCCUGCCUCUGCUCGAUUUUUCGAGUCUUACGACGACCCUGCUCAAGUUCGAUGUGCUUCGAUCGUCUUUUCGUGAGCCGAAGCCAGACUCGCCCGGAUGCUUUCUGCCUCGGAUCCACCAUAGAUACAGUUGACAACCACAACAACAAAAGCGUCUGAAGC